AUGAUGGUCGUUGAUUACAAGGAGACCAAGACUGCUUCUGAUAAACUGGAAAAGCACAUUGAAGAACUUCAUAAGCAGCUGGCUAGCUUGAGAGGCAAGCAGAAUUGGCUGGGGGCUGGACUGAGUAGUAAGACCAAGAUGACCUUCCUUGUGCAAAAUAUGGUGUCAGCUUCCAGGCCAGCAUUGGAGAUUGCAGAAGCCUCAAUCCACCAGGGGGUGCUGCUCCAAAAGGAGCUUUUGAUCAAGAAGACCAAUUUGCAAGAAACUUUAGGAAAUUAG